AUGGCUGACAUUAAACCACAAACAUAUGAAAUGCAACCAACCGCCUUGAUGGAAAAAGAAACACCAAAAUUUCAAAGACCGACAUCUAUAUCUUUUAACCUUAUUAACGAUACUAUGAUAAACCUAUCUUUUAAAUAUUCAGAUAACUGCAAACACGACUUUGUCUUAGAACCUUAUACAUCGCAAUUCAUAAAUAAAAAUCUUAAUAAUAUCGGGAAAAAAACGGCCAACCGAUAUAUCUUAUUUAGAAGUUGUUUUUCAAACGCAGCGUCAAAAAAAUUGCUUUGUGCCGAAAAAUCUUGUCCUUUAUCCACUUUAUCUAGUAAGGAUAAUCAGCUUUUUAUAUCACAACUCAGUUCACAUAUAAAUAAAGAACAUAAGAAUGAGAUUUUUAGUGUUUUUUCUCCGUUAUACGAUAAAUUAAAAAGCUUUAAAAAAGGACAAAAGUACCAAAGCAUGGAUACUCUUUCUCGUUCUCAAUAUACGCCAGAACGGAGACAACGAGGCUAUUCCGAUUCGGCGGUCUUAAAAUCAACUCAAUUGGGUUUAUUUGAUACACCUGCAUCAACAUUUGUUCUUGCAUACGCUCCGGAAAAUUUGCAAUCUUUAGCAACGCAUACGUUAGUUGGAUCUAGUUCGGAAACAUCCUCGGACUUUCCAUAUUUUGAGUCUGCAUAUUCUACGGAGACAAUUCCGGAUCCGAGCGAGGCAUUUUAG